AGUAUUCUGAUGUAUUUGCAGUACUCUGAUGUAUUUGCAGUACUCUGUUGUUUUUCCAGCUGCAGCCUGCAGAGCGUCAGGACCGUUUGAGAAGUGCGCAUGCGCGGGCCGUGGAAGCGGAAGUGAGCAUCAUGUCGGUGGAGGACCCGUUCUUCGUCGUGAAGGGGGAGGUGCAGAAGGCCCUCUCUCGGGCUCGCAGCCUCUAUGACAGGUGGGAGGAGCUGCUGCAGGACGGGACCCAGGUCAGUCGGGAUGAGCUGGACUGGAGCACCAAUGAACUGAGGAACUGUCUGAGGGCCAUCGACUGGGACCUGGAGGACCUCAGUGAAACCAUCAGUAUCGUGGAGUCGAAUCCGGGGAAGUUCAAACUCGAAGACAAUGAACUUCAGGAGAGGAGAGACUUUGUGGAGCGAACCAGGAAAUCUGUCCAGGAGAUGAAAGAUCAGUUGUCCAGCCCUUCUGCCGUAGCCCAGGCAGAGAAGAAGAACAGGCAGGCUCUGCUGGCUUCAUCAGGCCAGGACAAGUCAACCGGACUGGAGGCUCACCUGGUGUCCGCGAACUCCAGAUACAUCCAGGACCAACAGGAACAACAGCAGCUCAUCGUGCAGGAGCAGGAUGAUCAGUUGGAGUUGGUGUCGGGCAGCAUCAGAGUCCUCAAAGACAUGUCAGGACGUAUUGGAGACGAGCUGGACGAACAAGCAGUUAUGUUGGGGGAUUUUGGAGACGAGAUGGACCAGACGUCGUCCCGCAUGGACUCGGUCCUGAAGAAGCUGGAGAAGGUGUCUCACAUGACCAGCAGUCGGAGGCAGUGGUGCGCCAUUGGUGUGCUGGUCACCAUCAUGAUCGUGGUCCUCAUCCUCUUCUUCACUCUCUGACGUCGGUGACCUCCGACCUCUCGACCACACUCACCGACUCCUCCCUGUCUGUGCGGUUGGAUGGAUGGACAGAUAACGGGAAGAGGAAGGUGUCUCCGUCCCCUCCCCUCCCUCCCCUCCCCUCCCUUCCUUUCUUCUCACCGAGGAGAAACUGGAGAGAAGUCUGGUCGCCGUCGUUCUCCUCCCUCUGCUUUUAGUGAUUCUGGUGAAUGUCGGCAGCAGAGCUUUGAGCGGGGGGGAACUCCGCUGUGUUUAUGUUUUCAUACUGGUACAUUUCGGUUAAUGUUGUAAAUAAAGGUACGGAAAGGGAGGGUCGGGGCGUUAAAGCUGUCGGGAUAAAAACACAUUUGCAAAGUUCAAUGUCACCCAGUGGAGAACAUUCCCCUGCCAAGGCCCAACAGUCCCUUUAAAUCCAAUCAGACACACUCGUACGUGUCGGUUCCCCCAAUAUUUGUUCCAUCAAGAUCCAUGAAGAUCCGUGAACAAGGCUCCGUAAUGAACCCACAAACUAAAAAUCUGUUUAGUAAGUUAUUAGUUUCCAGAAGUAAAAAGAUUUGAAAGUAUUUUAGAGAAGGAAAGAAAGGGUGGACAGACGGAACGUCAUUCGAAUGAUCAAAGAGAUAAAGUGACACUAAUCUCAUUUUGCGUCUUGGCAGGUUUUCCUUUUUUUUAACUGUUGAUUCGUGCUUUUAGCUGACAGAAGCAGCGUGGGAGGGGGCAGGUGGAGGGGCCGGGGCUUUUCAGAGUUGCCUUAAAUCUAUUUUUAUACCGUUAUUAAAAGCGCAUUCUGUUGAUGUGCCUAUAUGAUCGCCAAUCAGUAGUUAAACGGGCAGCAGUGAUUGGACAGAAAGUCUGUGAGUUUUUCCCUCCGCACGACAGCAGCAGAUUUUACAGGUGGAGACGUUUCAGCCGCACAGGAAGAACAAGUCACGUGUGAAAUCAGCCGCUGUGGUGCGUUCGGGGUCGGAUCAGAACGCGCGGACUCGCAGUAUUCACGGCACGAGGCCUCUCGUCCCUGCUGGACAGAAGGGGCUCAUCGUGACCCCGGGUCGCUGAGCAGAGGUCAGGGCCGGACGCCGUCGUGCUCCUGCAUGUGGUUCAGCACGCGAUUGGCUGAGGCGCCGUUACUCUCGCUGGGUGAAGACGCAGCCUUGGCUCAGAGCAAAUGGGUUUCCCCUGAUUUUUUUUUUUUUUUUGGAGAAGCUUCAGCUAAUGAGUGGAGGAACAGUUGCUGGGCAGGAUGUGUCCACACGCCGCCCAGACCUAGGCCUACAGCGCCCUCCGCUGGAGACUGUCUGCCAUGCUUUUCCUUUGUGUCACGUCAGGUAACACUGCCCACAUCAGGGUGUGUUGCAGUAUACAUGUAAACACUGAUGCUUUCAUUUUUGUAAAUUAACCUUUCUCCUGUACAAAGGCUUGAUGAUGUUUCUUGCUUUCAUCAACCAGUUACAGAAAAACAAAAUCCAGAACGUGCAAUUUUAUAUUUUUAUUUCCGGUUUUUACCUCUGAGGUCAAACACCCUUUGUUCGAUGCAGGCGGGGUUCAUGCUAUAAGAUCUGUCACUGCCAGAGCUCGUUUUGAUCCAGUAGUUCAUGUGUGCUUUUAAUGUGCUUUACGUAUUCCAGCCUCAAAUGUCACAGUGUGGGAAAUUAAGCAAAUAAAUGAAGCAGUUGUGAUUUCAGCUCAAGUCGAGUCUUUGUAAGAUCUCAGGCUUGUGAAGGUGAAGCCAUCGGAAUAUGAAAGGACUCUUAGUAAAUCUGUUUCUUAAGUUCAACCUGAUGCUUUCCUGUGUCGUCACUACACGCUCAGCAUGAUGCUGUAAAAUCACAUCUUAGUUUUUGUUUAAUCCAGACGAUGGAGUGUUAGCGUCACUUAGAGGGAAAUAAUCAGAGACGUUGAGAUUAAGGACAUAAUAUUACAAGAAUAAAGUCGUCUUAUUUG